AUGAUCGAUCCUGGGGUCAAUAUACCACUUAUUCUUCUCAGCAUUGCAACGCUUAUAUGGCCUUUCUUCAACGGAUUCUAUCAGAAAUGUCCCAUGUGGGUGAAGAUUGCUUUUCUUCUCGCUGAAGCUGCACUGCUGACGACAAGCAUCAUGAUGGCGGCCGUACUACAAAAAUACGAAACUGAUGUCGGGUUCAUUGUAGCCCACUUUUUCGAAGGCGCGUUUACCAUUAUGACAUGGGUUCUCACGUUUGAGAUCCUUGCAGUUGCGCGACGACAGUCCAGUAAAAACAGCAGCAACAAUAAGAAGAGCUGCUUUGGGGCAAGCCGUAUUCCCUUUCGAUUUUGGACGUAUGCCUAUGGCGUGGGUACAAUAAUAGCCAGCAUAGUUCUGACAGUCCUUUUUGGUGGGCCCCUUGGCAGAGCCGUGCUUCGCGUCUCUACUGUGGUGUAUUUGCUCGUCUUUAUCAUGUGGAUACUCCGAUGGCCUCCAGAUAUCCUUGCCUUCAAUGUAUCCUUUAUCAUUUUUGCUGUGCUUCUAAUUUUGGGCAUCGUUGGUUCUGUCAUUCUGUUUGUUGCGCAAAUCAGUAGCAAUGGACGCUGGAAUGAUUUCAUUGACCUUGAGACACGCGUUUCAGCAAUUACAAUAAAGUACGCUCCUUGCUUGGCUCUGAUUAUACUUGUCACGGUAUUUCCUUAUUCUCGGUUUACACGUACGCAAGGUGCCCUAGCUGUGGAAGAAGUCAACAACAGCACAUCGCAGCAACAAGAGCAGCAGCACUCUGAGCUAUCGUCUCCAAUGCUAGAAGACAAUGGCAGCCAUAAUGUCCCAGGCUACUACGAUGACGUUGAAGCCCCACCUCCACCUUAUUCAAAGAGAUAA